CACCUCCUCGUCCAACACCACGCAGAAAUGCCCUCCUUCCUUGGCAUAGGCAAGAAGAAGGGUCAGUCCUCGUCAUCAACAGCGUCACCAGCAUAUCAAGGCUCACCGCAUUCGCAGUCCAACUCUCAAGCCUCCAAUAGCCAUGCAGCAACCGCCGCUCCUGCCGCUCCUUCGUCCUCCUCAUCCUCGUCCUCCCCUUCCCAAACGCACUUCGACAUCGCCGGACUCCCGAUCAUUGUAUACGGGCUCAGCGAACUCACUCUCAGCACAUCAAGUAGCACAGCCCCGCGUCCACCAGACGUAUGUGUCUCUUUCCACCUGCACGGACGAGGCGGAGACGCCAAGAACGAAGACCACAUCUGUCGGGGCAUCUACCAACGGGCCACCAGUAACGUCGCUGCUUCCUCUACCUCUCAGCCAGCUCGUGAGCUCCUCGUGGUAACAUUCGAUGCUCGCAAUCACGGCCAUCGUACCACCAACUCGCUGGGCCAAAAGGGGUGGGGGGUCGGAAACAAGCAGCAUGCACUAGACCUCUACGGGAUGAUCCUGGGAAACGCAGCGGACGUGUCGUUCCUUAUCGACUUGCUCCCUGCCUACCUCUUCCCGCACGACGAUCGACGUGUGAGCGCUUGGUGUGUAAUGGGCAAGAGUCUUGGAGGCCACGCAGUCUGGCAUGUGCUCAAGGAUGAGCCGCGAGUGACGGUGGGAGUCAACAUGAUCGGCUGCCCGGAUUACGGGCGACUGCUUGAGUACAGGACGAAGCAGGCCUUCCUGUCUAAUGGACCGCCGCAUGUUCCGAGGAGCUUGAAGGCGCUGAUACAAGCUAGAGACCCAGCCAAGAGUCCCUUUGAUCGAUGGGGCAAGGAGAAUCCUUACUGGGGCAAGCGGAUAUUGAGCUUGUCAGGCGCAGACGAUAAGCUAGUGCACGCCUCCUUCUCCAAGCCGUUCCUCUCCCGCCUGAUGGUCGCAGAGCCUCAUGGCGCCGGUGGGGUGCAGGAGGGGUUGGAGGUGCGUUUCAUCGAGGGGGUGGGGCAUGAGGUCACGCCGGCGAUGGUGGAGGAGGCUGGGCGAUGGAUUGGGCAGUGGGGCAUGAGAGUUUGACCAGUAAAAGUGAUAGCAUGGCGUUGUAAAAGCAUCAAUCCAAUACCACUCGCAC